AUGGGCGGGGGAGGAGGGGGCGGCAACACGAGGGAGCUCGACCAGACACCGACAUGGGCCGUCGCCUCCGUCUGUGGCGUCAUCGUCCUCAUUUCCAUCCUCCUCGAGAAGGGCCUCCACAAAGUCGGAGAGUUCUUCGCGCACAGGAAGAAGAAGGCCAUGGUCGAAGCCCUUGAGAAGGUCAAGACAGAGCUGAUGGUGCUGGGGUUCAUUUCGCUGCUGCUGGUGUUCGGGCAGAACUACAUCAUCAAGAUCUGCAUCUCGGAGGCGGCCGCCGACACCAUGCUCCCCUGCCGUCUCAAGAAGUCCACCAUUGAAGCCGAGACCAAAGCGGACCACGGGGUCAACGCCGGCGCCGGCGAGGGUGGUGCGCACGCAACGGCGGAGCACCUCAGCCUCGGCGGCCAUCCCUUCACGGCCGCCGCCUCCUUCAGCGUCCCCCACAGGAUGCUCUCCGGCGGCGAGGCCAAUAUGAAAACCAAAUGCCCUCCGGGAAAGGUGUCGCUCAUCUCCAUAAACGCGCUGCACCAGCUGCACAUCUUCAUCUUCUUCCUGGCCGUGUUCCAUGUCAGCUACAGUGCCAUCACCAUGGCACUCGGCAGGGCCAAGAUACGAGCAUGGAAGGAGUGGGAGAAAGAGGCAGCGGGAAAAGAUUUCGAGUUCUCCAACGAUCCGACGAAAUUCAGGUUUACCCACGAGACAUCGUUCGUCAGGCAGCACAUGAACGUCCUGAACAAGACCCCGGCCUCGUUUUACAUCAGCAACUUCUUCAGGCAGUUCUUCAGGUCUGUCCGGAGGGCCGACUACUGCGCGCUGCGCCACAGUUUCGUCAAUGUUCAUUUGGCUCCCGGCAGCAAGUUUGAUUUCCAGAAGUACAUCAAGCGGUCUCUCGAGGACGAUUUCAAAGUCAUCGUCGGGAUCAGCCCUACUCUGUGGGCUUCUGCGCUCAUCUUCCUGCUCAUCAACAUCAACGGACUGCACACCAUGCUCUGGAUCUCCAUAAUGCCCCUUAUUAUCAUCCUGUCAGUGGGCACGAAGCUGCAGGGGAUCAUCUGCCGCAUGGCGAUCGACAUCACGGAGCGGCACGCGGUGAUCCAGGGGAUCCCGCUGGUGCAGGUCAGCGACAGCUACUUCUGGUUCAGCCGACCCACCUUCGUCCUCUUCCUCAUCCACUUCACGCUCUUCCAGAACGGAUUCCAGAUUAUCUACUUCGUCUGGAUCUUGUACGAGUACGGGAUGGACUCUUGCUUCAACGAUUCAAAGCAGUUCGUCUUCAUGCGUCUCUGCCUCGGGGCGGUGGUGCAGGUGCUGUGCAGCUACGUGACGCUACCGCUGUACGCGCUGGUGUCGCAGAUGGGAUCCACGAUGAAGCAGUCUAUCUUCGACGACCAGACCUCCAAGGCGCUCAAGAACUGGCGCGCCGGCGUCAAGAAGAAACCGGCGGACAAAUCAAAGCACGGCGGGUCGCCCUCGGGGAGCCCGCAAGCCGGAAGUCCCAGGGGCGAAGACAGCAGCGGCAUCGCGCUCACGGAGAGGAAGGACGGCGACACGGGGCAGGAGGCCGGCGCCGCCAAGAAAGGGGAGGAUGGUGACUACGAAUCCGUCAAGCUCGAGCCGUGA